UAUUCCAUACGACAUGAUUUAACCCUGAUUUUCUUUGAAGAUCACACCUUGCUCUGAACUACCACAGUGGUAGUGACCACUGGAAAGAAAAUGUCUUUGUUGAAGCUUUAUGGAGUAACAACUUCUCAAUUUUAGAAUCCCAAAUUUGAAACAAAAAGCUUGCCUUUGAAGAACAUGGCAUCGUCUUUGAUCUUCCGUGCUUCGCGUAGGUUUCUCAAACCUUCUUCUUCGGUAUCUCUUCACCUGGCCAACUUCAACCCUUUGAGCUCCGCUCAGCAAUUUGCAACCCAAAACCGAAACCCCACUCUAAAUCCCCCGUUCAAGCCACCCCAGCUACAAAAUUACAAUUUUGAGUUUCGUAAAACUGUUGGGUCUCUCUCAAAUUUUCAUCUUGUUGCACACGUAUCCACGUGGCCCUCGAAGGAGAACAAGAACCAAAGUGGUAGUGUGAGUAGUGGGAGUGGAGGGGACGCCACUUGGGUGGAUUUGUACUUGCCAAAGCAGGUUCAGCCCUAUGCUCGUCUUGCUCGUCUUGAUAAACCAAUUGGGACGUGGUUGCUCCUAUGGCCUUGUAUCUGGUCAAUUACCAUGGCUGCAACCCCGGGUCAUCUUCCUGAUUUUAAAAUGAUGACUCUGUUUGCAUGUGGGGCUUUGCUUUUGAGAGGUGCUGGGUGUACCAUUAAUGAUCUCCUUGACCGGGAUAUUGAUACAAUGGUAGAACGUACAAAGAUGAGACCUGUGGCAAGUGGUCUUUUGACACCAUUUCAAGGACUUUGUUUUCUUGGUUUUCAAUUACUUUUAGGUCUUGGAAUUCUUCUACAACUGAAUAAUUACAGUCGUGUUUUGGGUGCCUCAUCCUUGUUGCUUGUCUUCUCCUAUCCCCUCAUGAAGAGGUUUACAUUUUGGCCUCAAGCCUAUCUUGGGUUGACCUUUAAUUGGGGGGCUUUGUUAGGAUGGGCUGCAGUUAAAGGAAGUCUGAACCCAUCUAUUGUGCUGCCACUUUAUGCCUCUGGAGUAUUUUGGACUCUUGUGUAUGAUACUAUCUAUGCACAUCAGGAUAAAGAAGAUGACUUGAAAGUUGGAGUUAAAUCAACAGCUUUGCGCUUUGGUGAUUCAACAAAGGAAUGGAUUACUGGGUUUGGAAUUGCAUGCGUUGGGGGUCUUGCUCUUAGCGGAUUUAAUGCUGAAAUAGCAGGCUGGCCGUAUUAUGCAUCUCUGGCUGCUGCAUCUGGACACUUAGGCUGGCAAAUAUGGACAGUUGACCUUUCAUCACGUGCUGAUUGCAACAGGAAAUUUGUCUCAAAUAAGUGGUUUGGAGCUAUCAUAUUUGGUGGAGUUCUAGCUGGCAGACUUUCAUCAUAGGGGUAUAUUUUGUCUUAUAGAGAAUACACCAGCACAUUAGAAAUUGUGCCCAUACUUAAAUUGAUUGUCCUAGGAUCUUGUAUCUGAUUACAUUUAUUUGGUAUAACAAGUUUUCAUAGCCAAUUAAUUUA